CUGUGACAGAUGCAUAGACGGUUCUCUUGUCACAGUCAGUGAUUGUCACAUUUAUGUCUCAAGAAUAUAAAUAAAAAAUGUGCGAUUAAAAAAGUAGCAUUUUAUAAUUUAAAAUUAUGAUUUAAUUUCAAAACAAAUUUUUUAUUUGUUAAGUCCUUCAAUUUUAAGAAAACAUAAUUUUUAAUUUCUAACCUAAAAAUAAAUUAUGAAUACGAAUAGAGAUUGUGGAUGUAAAGGAUGGAAUUCCUGUUUAGUAUGUGAAAAGCAGUAUAAUUUACCCCCAAAUUUAACAAAAACCAAAAUUGAGGAUUUGGAAAGUUAUGUUUACUGUCCUUGGUGUAAUCAAUUAUGGCCAGGUUGGGAUAUGAAUUUAUAUCAAUCGCAUCCUCAACAUUUCGGCAUUCCAAAACGAUUUCCAGGUGUUUUUAUUGAUAUGAAUUUUCUAAAUGAGAAUGAAGAAAAUUUUUUAAUGAAUGGUAUUGAUAAUAUGCCAUGGGAUUUAUCACAAAGUGGACGCAGAAAACAAAAUUUUGGUCCUAAAUGCAAUUUUAAAAGGCAAACAUUACAAUUGGGCAAUUUUAAUGGUUUUCCGAAAUUUUCAAAAUUUGUACAAGAUAAGUUUGAAACAAUACCAUUAUUACGUAAUUAUCAAACAAUUGAACAAUGUUCGUUAGAGUAUACGCCAGAUAGGGGGGCAGCUAUUGAUUUACAUAUUGACGAUUGUUGGAUCUGGGGGGAACGUAUUGUUACUGUAAAUUUAUUAUCUGAUUCUAUAUUAACGUUAAUUAAAUAUAAUGGUAACGAAAAUAGAUAUAAUUUAAAUUGUGUAAAAACUUAUCCGCCGGUUAUUCCAAAAGAUGAGGAAGAUUACAAAGACUUAGAAAGUCUUAGCACGUCUGUUAUUAGAAUACCGAUGCCGAGACGAUCUUUAUUAGUUUUAUAUGGAGGUGCAAGAUACGAUUGGGAGCAUUGUGUUCUUCGUGAAGAUAUUCUAGAAAGACGUGUAUGUUUAGCGUAUAGGGAAUUUACCCCACCUUAUUUAUCAAAUGGGUGUUAUGAAAAUGAAGGAACUGUUGUAAUUGAUAGAGCGAAAAAUUUCUUUUAAUAAAUUUUUUUAUACAAAUACAA